AGUCUGAAAGGAGCUAGAGCUCUUCGAGCGCAUUUUGAAGCGCAUGCUUUCUCUGCGCCCACCCAGGCUUCUGGUGGGUCGAAUAGAUCGAAACUGUGUUCCACGUGAGUUUCAUCCAAGUUCCCGAGUACCUUUUCCGAACGAAAUAUAAAUCGAAGCCCUUGGUCUAAAAGUAAUCAUUGUAAAUGAGAGACGAGUGUGAUCUUCUUAUAAGUUCCCCCAAAGCAAAGAACGAUGUAACGGCACCUCAAGUAGGUUUAACGCUUCCUCGGCCGUCUUCACAACCGCAGGAAAUGUAUCAUCACGCCGAUGAACAAGUAUGGUCGUUUGGGAUGCAGUAUGAUGAUGACGAUGUGAUCUAACGAGUGCAUGCGAGAUACGGCAGCUCUUUUCUGUGAGGCGGGUUGAACUCUGUAGGUGAGACGAGUGGUCUAAAGAAGCGAGUGUAGUGAGUGAUAUGAAGAGAAAGAGUCUUACAAUUUAGACUCACACGCUAAAUGUUUGCUUUCUCUGCGCCCACCUCUGCUGGUGCGUCGAACUUCCAUCGAAAAGCUUGUAAUUGUAAUCUGGUUUCUGUGAGAGUUGAACUCUGUUGAGGGAGUCUUUAACGCUGUAUUCUUUUGUGCAACAACGAAUAUUUAUGCUGGAGAACGUCCUCUAUCAUCAGUCUCAACCACCUUUGACUACGAUUUGCAAGGGCUUCAACUUUCUCUCACUCCCUAUGAACAUCAACCUUCUCUCACCAAAACGCACAGUUUCUUCAUGAUCAUUUUUCUCUCACCAACAGUUUUUCUUGCGAAAGAAGGUUGUAUAAUAUUUCUUCCGAACAGAUGAAAGGAAAAUUAGUGUCGCAAAUAGACGACAGAAAGACUAAACGCAUAUCUUCACAAUUAUUGCAUGGUUUUCGGUUUUUCUCCCAAGUAGUACCAAUAGGUUUGCACCUAUUAAGUAGAUCCAUAUUAUAUAAUUUUGUUGAAGGUGUGGCCGGAGUUUAAAAUCUAAAGGUAAGUAAUUACCACUCGAAGUGCAGGCUUUUCUUUGUGGUACUAAUCUGAAGCUGCAGCAAGGCUAGUCGAAGUCGCCUGUGUAUUAGACGCGAGCAACAAUAUCAGUUAUAAGAAACAACUCAUCAUCACGAUCAUCAUCGAAGACGGGCGGUUACGAUCAUCACAGAACUUGUUAUCAGAGUACUUCCACAUCGCGGUUAGCUACAAGAUGUUGCUAUCCCAGUCUGCUGGCACGCAAGGAUCCUCCCGCGCGCGCGGGGUCGUGCACCACUCUGGCAUGAUGAUGACCUCUACUCCCAUUCCCUGGAUGUUGCUUAUUCUACUAUGCUCUCUGGAAUCCGCAUUCCUGACGUCGUCCGUGUUUUUCGUCGCCGCUUCUGAUUAUCACUUUCACAUGUGGAGGAGAUUUCCGUUAUGAAAGCAAAAAGUCCUUCUGUGGCUGCACAUAUAAUUCGCUCUGACGCCGCUAUACGUCACCCUGUGGACGGCGAGUCAAUUCCUAGUAUCCUACGAUCCUAUAGAUAUUCACAAGAAACAAAGCUGUUCUUUUCUUAUUGGUGAUAAGAAAAGGUACGUGCGAACGUGCCAAGUUAAAAAUAUACUUUCUUGAGGAUCAUGGGCUCCCCUUUUUUCUUUUCUUUCAUAUGCGUACGUUAACGGGAAAUAUGACGGGACUCUUGCGGUGAAGCUUCCGGGUGCACAAUACAAGCUGGAGUCGGAGUUCACUUUCUCGUUAGGAAACGGUGAGGACCGAAAGGAUUUGAGUGGCAAUUUUUCUACUCAGCUACAGUGGGAACAUGUUGAGCACAUUCUCUUGCCUCAGUUCAACGCCUUUGAAUACCACGCAGGCUACAAUAUUACCGGCCCGGUGACGAAAACGAUUGUUCCGUCGCUUGCACCGCUACCUAACGGCACCGCGAACGUCGGAGAACCGUAUCGCGCCGUGAAUUUUACCGUACCGAUCACUUGGUAUUAAGGCCUCUAGUUGUCCCCACACAUUUUUCUUUUCGUCCUAGGUUAGGAGGUGCUUAGUAGAGGAAUGCUUACGCUAGUACUUGGAGAUACUUGGUGUAGUUCUAACAGAACAACGACAAGAACUUACACUAAUAUUCUUGGUGUAGUUCUUGUCGUUGUUCUUGCAGAAUUCCUUCAAGAGUAGAUAUACAAUAAGGAACUUGAUAGAGCACAUGAAUAUCAAGGGUCUGAAAUAGGCGUCUAUUUCCUGCCCCUGUCAAGUUUGGGAUGCGCGGAGCAUUCAUCAGAGUACUCCCUAACGCUGUGUGUGGGUUGUAUUUGAGGGAUGCAGAAUCAUGGACGUCUUGACGGAGCACCAUCAUCACAAGCGUGUUAUCUCUUGCGUAUUCGUUAUAUUUUGAUAGUUCCUGUAGAAAGUAAGUUGAGGCCUUGAUCUUGAUGGCACCAGGCCGCGGGCACCAAGAAGGCCAUCUCGUAAGUAGGCUGCUCUAAUAUUGUUUCGAGUACAAGGAGAAUGCUGAGGAUUACUUUCAGCAGGAUGACUAUGUGAUGAUGACGUUUGGAGGCUGGUCGGAAUCCUAUGACCCGAGAGUCGGUUAUUCUACGUGGAAGUUCGACCCAUACGGUACCGGUGCCUACCAGAAGGAUCUCCAAGAGUGUGAAAACUCGAAGACCACGUGUGCUUCUAGCUACAAGGUUCCCAACGGAGUGUUGCCAGGCAUCGAAAACGCAACCGAUCUCCAUCUGGUGCGUUACCACGUGGCUUUCCCGGACGGCGAGACACCGACUCCACUGCCCGAAGUGGUAAGCAACCCCGAAAUGAGAGAGUAUGCGCUGGCGGCGGAGAUUUCGGCCACUGUAAAUCUGACGCUCAAAGCGUGGCAGGAGCUGCGCUUGGGCUCUACCAAGUUGGCCCUCUUCUUAGAGGAAACUUGCUACAAGGGUUUGCUGUUGUACACCAAGUUUCCCGCGUACAAAUACUUCAAUCGCGUGCUGGGCUACUCUGUUUCGCCGUUGGAUUCCGAGGCGCUUCCUUUUGUGCACCAACUUGUUACGCGCUGCGGCGUCGGUCCGUUCACGAAGUUCUACAACGCGACGCUUCCCAACAUCAACGCGGCUGGAGUGCCGACAGAGGUUCAGACGUAUCUGGAAGAAAAUGCCUGGAAAGGUCUCCAACUCAUGGGUUUCUAUGACACUCGACCGGAUUACAUUUCUUAUUUGAGGACAAACCCGUUUACGUUUGAGGAAAUGGUGGGGGGCGAAAGGCGGAAAUUUCUUGUUUACCGAGAUCGGUACAUUGUAUACACAACUCCGGCUGGGGCUGAUCCCAUGACAGUAUCUUUUGAAGCCACGUUUACGCAGCCUCUUCAUUCUGUGCCUGCGUUGAGUGCAACAGUCGUGGCAUACAAUCCGCUGACCUUCUGCAAGGGGGGAGAAGCGUUACUCUUUCCUCAUAAGAGCCCCUACUCGAGGGGCAACAAGUGCGUUCCGACUGUGGUCGCGUUUCCGAACACGUUUCCCAAGACCGCGCCACGCGAUACGUUUUCGCUACAGCUGUUUAACCAAACGGCCUACACGGGAUCCUGCAAAGACCGCGCCCUUGACCCUGCUUGGGUCAAGUACGAGCAAGAGGGUACUGGCGAACCGAUGUUCACGUGGUCAAGCUCGCACAAGGUGGGGGAGUGUCUCAAGAUGCGGGACCCGACGAUGGGGAACGACACCUACUUCUACCUGCAGGUCCACGAGUGCCAUAGUGGAGGGCUGCUGCGCAUGUCUAUGGGCAGGUCGCCGCAUGAGUGCACGACUCGUGGUAAGUGGUACGACUACGGAGAAGGCUGUUGGUCGCGUUCCGAUGUGGAUGCGCUGGAUUACAUGAUCAAUCCGCGAAAUCUUCAUGCAAAAGUGGAGCCGCAGCGUCGCCAUCACUACUUCUACACUUGCGGGUCUGACGUUAAAACGGUGACAACCACGACCGUGGCCUUCACUCGCAAAACGGGCUCCCUGAGUGCGGCCUUCUGCGCGGCCGACUCUAUCGAAACGACCAGGAAAAUACUCCAAGCAGCGUGUUUGGCGGAAGCGGAAAGCGUCAUGGAGUCUCCCACCGUGAGCAAAAGCUGUGCCGUCACUAUCAAGUCUUGUGCUCCGGCAGCCUCUCUGCUGCAACGACGCAGCCUCGCUGUUGAGAACGAGGAAGCCGAGGAGACGACCACGAGGAGAGCGUUGACCAGCGCGACCGACAACUACAUCGCCGAGGCAGAGUAUACCGCGUCCUAUUCCUCUGAAACCGGGGGCACAAAUGCUACAGGUUUCUACGCGAACGCGCACCUUGCGGCUGUGAACAACAGUGGGGAGACUGCUUUUUCCGCCGCACUGGUGAUGCAGCUGUACGCCCAAACUGCCACUAUGGACAACACGACGGCCCUGGGCGCGUACGUGGCUAACACGGGGGAGCUUGCACUCUCCUUGGCCUUCGCAAGAGUUGCUGCGGCCACCUCAGUGAGCGUUCCGCCCGCGCUCGCCUCGUCUGCAGUCCGCGGCACUCCCAGUGAAAUUGGAGGAGGAUCGGGAGAGCCCGUCGACCUUUCCGGGUCUGGAGAGCCCGUCGGCCUUCCCCGGCCUACUUCGUCUUCCACAUCAACAGAUGAUAAGGACAUUGUCGACGAAUCUUGGUUCUUACCCGUUGUGAUCGCUGUCGGGGCAGUUGUACUGCUUGGCCUCUUUGUUGCUGUCGCGAUGGUGUCUGGGACUGGGUCGGGAAAGGGCAAGGCGGAAGGAGGAAAUAGCAACAAGGCGGGAGGAGGCGGUCCGCCGACGAAGUCUGCCUCGGCGGAGUCUAGUGCGCCUGAUCAUGGCACGGCAAGCGCUCUAAACACCACGGCCCAGGCAAGCGCCAGCCCCGAACAGGUGAAGGUGACCGUCGCAGAGCACGACUGGGACUGUGAGCCGUAGGUUCGCUGCUGAGCAGAACCAACCACAGGUAGAAGAAAGGACUUGGGAACCUGACUGGAAUGAUUUGUGUUAGGGCCCGUUGUGCCUACUUAGGAAAAUAUGCCAGAGCAUGGCUUCAGAAUAAGUGGCAUCGUACGUUGGUUGGAGGUAGGCGACGUGGUACUACUAUACGAGGACCUCGUCACGCAAGUUGUCAACAAAGAUACGAAUCGUCGCGCUUAGAACUCGUAUUCUACAGCCUCGAAUAUUUCCAGCAAUGUCCUCGUGUAUAAUUGGAGCUCCUUGCUAGAAAGAAUAGAGUCGAUGGGUGCAGCAUAUUCAUCCUAGUACGUAGUAGGCCUGGCGUAGGUCCUGGUGCAGUAUUUCCGUUGCAUCUCCACUUUUAGUUCUAUUUGGUCAGUACUUAUUCAAUUUUCAAAAAUUUCAAUGGUUAGAUUUAUGGUAUGAAGAAAAAUGCUGUGAGUUCAGAUAUUUAUGGAUGAUAGUGAGCAGGGUGCUCGUUAGAAUUUUCUACAUGCAUACUGGUGCUCUAAGCUGAGCAUCUUCUAUGUAAAGCUGCUACUCAGGUGGCGUCGCAUCGAGUUACGAAAGGCUAUGAAAGAGGUUCCAUGCCAUUACAUUCGCUGCAUCAUGACGGAAGAGCACACAUAGCAAGAGCACACGUUGGAAGUGGUGUAAGAAAGUACUCGUAUUGAUUUGCUACUUUUUUAAAAAGCGUUUUACUCGAGCCUUUGAUUCUUGAGGAAGAGGACGCUGUCUCUUCACAUGGGGGAGCUGCGUAGUACUCGAAUCAUGGAUAGAUGUGUAUGCGACGUGUAGCAUUAUACAUAUGCGACAACUCUUAAAGCAGGCGCCACAGUCUUAUUUAUAGUUCGUUGCAAAGUAGAGAAGGAAAUACUUGGAUGGCUAUCCGUCGCUUAUCAUCUAAGGGCUUUUUU